CUGGUACCUCUUCGCUGAGAGCUCUCCUGUGAUGCAUCUGUAUAACCUCACUCUGCAGCCACCAACGGCUAUCACCCAGGCCAUUGUGGGGAAUUUUUCGGGUGUACGCGCUCAGGAGAUCAUCGUGUCGCGUGGUACGAGACUCGAACUGCUCAAGCCCGACCCGAAUACAGGCAAAGUGUCAACAGUUCUGACGCAUGAUGUAUUUGGGACUAUCCGUUCGCUGGUAGCAUUUAGGCUAACAGGAGGGGCAAAAGAUUAUGCAAUCGUAGGCUCUGACUCUGGACGGCUCGUCAUCCUGGAAUACGAUCCCCAAGCGAAUGCAUUCACGAAGCUACAUCAGGAGACAUAUGGAAAGUCUGGAGUACGUCGUAUCGUGCCAGGACAGUACCUUGCUGUAGAUCCAAAAGGACGAAGUGUCAUGAUCGCGGCUUUGGAGAAAGCGAAGCUCGUAUACAUCCUUAAUCGAGAUGCCGCCGCCAACUUGACAAUCUCCAGCCCACUCGAAGCGCACAAGAAUCAUGGCAUCAUUCAUUCUAUCGUCGGAGUUGAUGUUGGCUUCGAGAAUCCGCUGUUCGCUGCGCUUGAGGUUGAUUAUACCGAGUCGGACCAAGAUUCGACAGGAGAGGCGUAUGAGAAAACCGAAAAGAUGCUCACCUAUUACGAACUUGAUUUGGGACUGAACCAUGUUGUGCGCAAAUGGAGUGAGCCUACGGACAAGCGAGCCAACCUGCUGUUACAAGUCCCUGGUGGGCAAACAUCCUCUGAAGCAAGGCACGAUGGGCCUUCAGGCGUCCUGAUCUGCUGCGAGGGCUACAUCAUCUGGCGACACAUGGACACCGUACAGCAUCGCGUUCCUAUACCGAAGAGGCGGCAUCCUCUGGACGAGCGAACCAGAGACAGCAUCAUUGUUGCAGCGGUCAUGCACAAGAUGAAGGGCGCAUUCUUUUUCCUUCUUCAGAGCGAAGAUGGAGAUCUGUUCAAGGUCACUAUCGACCAUGAAGAUGAAGAGGUCAAGACAAUGAAGAUUAAGUACUUCGACACUGUGCCUGUCGCCUCCAGUUUGUGUAUCCUGAAGUCUGGAUUCCUGUUCGUUGCGUCUGAGUUUGGAAACCAUUAUCUUUACCAAUUCCAGAAGCUUGGUGAUGAUGAUGAUGAGAUUGAGUACUCGUCCGUCUCUUACCCCGACAACGGCAUGGCCGACCCCAUCCCACAAGCGUAUUUCCGACCUCGACCCCUUGAGAACCUCGUUCUUGCGGAUGAAUUAAACAGCUUCGAUCCAAUCGUGGACGCUAAAGUGACAAAUCUAUUGAACACUGACACACCCCAGAUCUUCGCUGCAUGUGGACGGGGAGCUCGCAGCUCAUUCCGGAUGCUGAGGCAUGGUCUUGACGUGGAGGAAACUGUUAGCUCUGAGCUGCCUGGUAUACCGAAUGCUGUCUGGACAGUGAAGCUAAAGGCUGAUGACCAGUAUGAUGCGUACAUCAUUCUCUCCUUCGUGAACGGCACGCUGGUCCUGUCUAUUGGGGAGACCAUCGAAGAAGUAUCAGAUACCGGCUUCCUCUCCUCCUCCCCGACCAUCGCCGUGCAGCAGAUCGGCGAAGACUCGCUUCUGCAAGUAUACCCACAUGGCAUUCGGCACGUCCUCUCUGACCGCCGAGUCAACGAGUGGCGAUGCCCUCAGCAUACCACAAUUGUGGCUGCCACCACCAACUCCCGCCAAGUCGCCAUAGCUCUCAGCUCGGCACAGUUGGUCUAUUUCGAGUUAGAUCUAGAAGGCCAGUUGAACGAAUACCAGGAUCGAAAAUCGUUAGGCAGUGGUGUGUUGGCCAUGAGCAUUGCUGAGGUUCCCGAGGGAAGACAGAGAACACCCUACUUGGCUGUUGGGUGCGAAGAUCAGACCGUUCGCAUCAUCUCCCUUGACCCGGACACGACAUUAGAGAACAUCAGUCUGCAAGCCCUGACUGCUCCUCCUUCGUCGAUUUGCGUAGCAGAGAUCAUGGAUGCUAGUAUCGACAAGAAUCAGCCGACCAUGUUCGUAAAUAUCGGUUUACAGAACGGCGUUUUGCUGCGGACAGUUCUGGAUCCGGUUAAUGGGCAAUUGACCGACACGCGCACUCGUUUCCUUGGAUCACGACCCGUUCGUCUCAUUCGCGUGAAUGUCCAUGGCUUGCCUAGCAUUCUCGCCCUCUCGUCACGAUCUUGGCUUAACUACACCUAUCAAAACCUGCUUCACUUCACCCCUCUCAUCUUCGACCCCCUUGAAUAUGCAUGGAGCUUCUCCGCGGAGCUUUGUCCCGAUGGGCUCAUCGGUAUCAGUGGCAAUGUCCUCAGGAUAUUCCAAGUACCGAACCUGGGACAGAAGCUGAAACAAGAUGUAAUACCCCUCUCCUAUACGCCAAGGAAGAUGCUGCAGCAUCCCACCGAACGGCUGUUCUAUGUAAUCGAGUCGGAUCAUCGCGUGCUGUCUCCGGAAGCCGCUGACAAGAAGCUCCAGAAGCUGAAGUCAACAGGGCAACGCUUAGACCAAGAGGUCAUUGAUCUACCAGCUGAUAUCUUCGGCCGCCCUCGCGCUGAUGCUGGCACAUGGGCUUCCUGUAUACAGAUCAUUGACCCGGCUAAUGUGAGAUCCGUGCUGGAAGUGCCACUAGAUAACAACGAAGCAGCGUUUUCGUUGGCUAUCACGACUUUUAUUGCCAGACCAGGCGAAUUAUUCUUGGUCGUUGGAACCGCACAGGACGUCAUCGUUUCACCCAAGUCAUGCAAGAGCGGUUUCUUGAGAACAUAUAAGAUAUCGGAAGAUGGAAGAAGUCUAGAGUUCCUCCACAAAACCGAAGUGGACGACGUGCCACUGGCUCUUCUAUCUUUCCAAGGUCGGUUGGUGGCCGGUAUUGGCAAGGCUCUGCGCAUCUUCGACAUGGGCAAGAAGCGAUUACUGCGCAAAUGUGAGAACAAGAGCUUUGCCACCGCCAUCGUCACCCUGAGCACGCAAGGCUCACGCAUCAUUGUUGGAGACAUGGCCGAGUCAAUAUACUUUGCAACCUACAAGCCACCUGAAAAUCGACUGCUCAUAUUCGCAGAUGACAGUCAACCUCGAUGGAUUACCGCCUCCGCAAUGGUUGAUUACGAUACCGUAUGUGCUGGCGACAAAUUUGGGAACGUGUUUGUCAAUCGAUUACCACCGAAAGUGGGUGAGCAGGUGGAUGAAGAUCCAACGGGUGCUGGCGUACUGCACGAAAAGGGCCUAUUUAUGGGCGCCCCACACAAAACCAACAUGCUUGCCCACUAUUAUGUGGGCGACAUCAUCACUUCAAUGCACAAAGUUGCCCUAGUCACGGGCGGUCGCGACAUCGUGUUAUACACCGGCCUCCACGGCACCAUCGGCGUGCUCAUUCCGUUCAUAUCUAAGGAAGAUGUCGAUUUUAUCCGGACCUUAGAACAGCACAUGCGGACGGAAGCACCUAGUCUUGUUGGACGAGACCAUCUGACAUACCGUGGGUACUACGUUCCUGUCAAAGGCGUGGUCGAUGGGGACUUGUGCGAGUUGUUCUCUCUUUUGCCCACGCAGAAGCAACAGAGCAUCGCAGGCGAACUUGAUCGGACGUACUCGGAGGUUUUAAAGAAGCUCGAGCAGCUGAGAGUGACAACAACUGGUUUCUAAAUGCGGUUUGGGCGCCUCCCUCUGAACCUUGCGCUCGGUGUAAUUUUCAGUCUGCGUAUCUGUAUUCCAAUGUAUCAAUAGAGUCACCUAAUGUUACUCUGUGUGGGAUGAC